CAACUGGAAAAGCAGCCUCGAAAAGCCAAAAAAAGGCGCACGCAGCCGCAUGGCCGGCGACGGCGAGGGGGCCGCCGCCUUUGCGGCGGCGAAGGCGGAGUGGCUCGGCGGGUCUGGUGGCCUGCCGCUGCUGCGGUGGUGGCGCGCGUCGGGCGGCGGCGAGCUGCUGCGGGGCUGGGACGCGGUGCGCGCCGGGGCCGUGGCGCCGGCGCUCGCGGCGGUGUCGGGCGCGUGCCUCGCCAUGUCGGCCAUGCUGCUCGCCGAGGCCGUGUUCAUGGCCGCCGCCAGCCUCGUGCGGCGCCGCCCCGAGCGGCGGUACAGCGCGGGCCCGCUCGGCGCCCAGGACGGCGAGGACGAGGAGCGCGGCCUCCUCGGCUACCCCAUGGUGCUCGUCCAAAUCCCCAUGUACAACGAGAGAGAGGUGUACAAGCUUUCGAUUGGAGCAGCGUGCGGGCUGUCGUGGCCGUCGGAUAGGGUCAUCGUACAGGUUCUGGACGAUUCCACGGAUCCAACGAUCAAGGAUCUGGUGGAGCUGGAAUGCAAAAUUUGGGCUAAGAAAGGCAAGAACGUAAAAUACGAGGUCAGAAACAAUCGAGAAGGAUACAAGGCUGGUGCACUGAAAGAGGGGAUGCUGCAUGCUUAUGUCCAACAGUGUGAUUUCCUCGCUGUAUUUGAUGCCGAUUUCCAACCGGAACCCGACUUCCUCAUGAGAACCAUCCCAUAUCUCGCACGUAAUCCACAAAUUGCUCUUGUUCAAGCACGCUGGGAGUUCGUUAAUCCCAAUGAAUGCCUGAUGACAAGGAUACAAAAGAUGACACUAGAUUAUCACUUUAAAGUAGAGCAGGAGGCAGGUUCAUCCACAUUUGCCUUCUUUGGUUUUAAUGGAACUGCUGGGGUAUGGAGAAUUUCUGCCAUCAAGGAAGCUGGGGGCUGGGAUGAUCGAACCACAGUUGAAGACAUGGAUUUGGCAGUCAGAGCAGGCUUGAAAGGAUGGAAAUUUGUCUAUGUUGGCGAUGUCAAGGUAAAAAGUGAACUGCCAAGCAAUCUGAAGGCAUAUCGCCGUCAACAGCACCGUUGGACAUGUGGGGCAGCAAAUUUAUUCCGAAAGAUGGGAGCAGAGAUAUUGCUUACUAAGGAGGUGUCACUUUGGUGGAAGCUUUAUUUGCUAUACAGCUUCUUCUUGGUGAGGAAGGUUGUUGCUCAUGUGCUACCUUUCGUGCUCUACUGUGUAGUGAUCCCAUUUUCGGUGCUAAUUCCUGAGAUCAAAAUUCCUGCUUGGGGGGUGGUUUAUAUUCCAACAGCAAUAACCAUUCUAUACGCCGUCCGAAAUCCAAGUUCUAUCCACUUCAUACCAUUCUGGAUCCUCUUUGAGAAUGUCAUGUCUUUUCACCGAACAAAGGCAACGUUCAUCGGUUUGCUGGAGUUGGGAAGCGUAAACGAGUGGGUGGUCACGGAGAAGCUUGGCAGUGUAAGCAAUACAAAGCCAGUGCCUCAGAUACUUGAAAGGCCUCGCUGCAGGUUUUGGGACAGAUGGACAGUGUCAGAACUUCUGUUUGCUGUGUUCCUUUUCGUUUGUGCGACCUACAACUUGGUGUAUGGAAGCGACUUCUAUUUCAUCUAUAUAUAUCUGCAGGCUAUAACAUUUAUCAUUGUGGGCACUGGUUUCUGCGGAACCUCUAACUCAUAGCAGCCAUAACAACUGAUCCAACCACGGGAACUAUAUCUUCACUGUAGGCAUGAUGUAACAACCUUUUUUUCUAGGGAAUAUUUUCUAUGUAAUAACCUCAUCCCUUUUGCCGUGAAUAGCAUCAGGCGAAGCGCAGCUGCCUUCUAGAAACAGGCUGGUGGAAAUCUAAAACGUCAUUUCCAUGUAACAACUUUCCACUGUUAUUGUACUUUUGCUCUCUUUUUUUGCAGGGUACUUUUGCUCUUACAUUUACCGGGAUUUUGGGAAUACAAUCACAUUGUACCACUAAACAGGUUAUUGGACAGAACAACAUUUUUCGGGUAACAUUGGUUUGGAAUAUGAUUGUUGUGCCUAUG